CUUCAAUGCCUGUGGUGUCAUUGAUCGUAGAUCGCCAUUAUCAACUGGCGCAGUUCACACUUAAUCAUCAUCACCAAUGGGAAUUGAAGAACUUGGUACUAAGGAGGAGCUUCGGGAUUACCUUGGAAGUCUUAUCCAUGCACUCAGAUCGCAUAAACCUUGUACGAAUCUUCGCCGGAGUGAUCCACUAUGGUGCGGCAAAAUCUCUUGCCUCAGACUUGCGAGUCAGUGGUGUCUGAUGCAUGACUGUUGGGAUAGUGAGAAGAAAUGCAAAGAUAAGAGAUGUAUGCGUUCCGAAUUGGUCGUUACGCAUUGGGUGAACUGCACUUAUGCUAGAUGUUUCAUGUGCUCACCUUGGAUACGACCAGAAUCGCUGGAAAGCGAGCCGAAACAGUUUUUGGACGAAUGUUUCGGUACCCAUUGCUUUCUUGGACGAAAUAUCGAACCUCUACUUAUCAAAUAUCGCGAGAAGGUCGACAAAAUGUAUGCUGCGGUAAAUGCAGCAGCCAAUUCAGUCGACGAAACGGAAAGCAUGCAGAUUAACGUAACUAUAGUUAACGCUGAUUCCGAGGAAGAAGACGAAGAUAAUGUUGUAUUUAUCAUGGAGGAUGAAGCAUUCAUCGAAUUCACAUGCAAGGCCCCAGCAACUUCGCCCCAGAAUUGUGUUCAAAACGGCACUAUUAACAACGGGCAAUAUUCACUCAACUUGAGUGAAUUGUAAUUCUCACUCCUCAUGUACGUUCUGCGAUCUCUAUCUGAUUUCGGUGGAGCCGAUGCUGCAAGCAGUUGAUGGUUUCUCUUACUGCUCCUAACAGCACUCUCUCAUAAAAAAUAACGUAAUGUUAGAUUGCAGAUGAUUUUGUAACACAAAAGUUGACAAGGAGAUUCUUUAUAGUGACUGUGGCUUUUUGAGGUAAG